AUGCCGUACGGGAUGCGGCUGACGGUGGACUCGCACGUGAUCGAGCAGCACCUGUGGCGCGUGCGCAACAUGACGGCCGUGCACGUGUACAUGAACGACGACUACUUUGUGAACCGCGACGUCGCGAUCACGGACCUCUUCAACGAGUACGGCGGCACGAUCGUGCGGACGGAGAAAGGCAUCCUACGGAAGGGAGUUCUGGGUCCGCAGAAAGGUGGCACCUGGGGAGACGGAGUGCGCCACACUCACUUGUUUAACAUAAUGGAGCUGGACGUUCUGCACGAGGACUACCUGCCGGCGGAGCUUGAGCGGAAGUGGUCUGCUGAACGACUGCAGCGCGGAGCUUCCGGCGUUGAUGUCCCGGUGUCACCAAUGGCGCUGAACGAAAUCAUUGAUACUGCCUACGCGCAUGCUCCUGCGCCUCUGCCGGCAACUCUACUGCCGCGCCGCCAUCGCCGCUACGCCACCCACGCGCCGUUCGUUUACUGCACGAACAUGCACCGGUUCCUGCAGACGCGGUAUGGGGUCGAGCUUGGAUACAACGCGCUUCGCCACCGCAGUCGCAAGGCUCGCGACUUGUUUGUCCCAUUUCUGUACAACGCCUUCAUCAUGGCGCGGCCAUGGCAGGCGUCGCCGAGGUUCCUGCCGUACCUGCUGGAGCUGCACCGGAGCCGACGGGAGGCGCGCACGGACGCGAUGCCGCCGACGCAGAUCGUGCUGGACAACUUCGACGGCUGCGGCCCGGCAUCGCUGCGCGGUGGCUCUGUGGCCUCCGAGUGCAUAUUUGGCAAGUUUGUGGAUAACGUCACUGCGAAUGAGGCGGUGAUGGAGCGCGUGCGGCAGACUAACCCGCUGUACUUCAACAUCAACGCCGGGUUCAGCACGGCGGAGGCCGCGGCCCAGCUGCGCAGCUUCCUGCACGGCAAGUUUCCGACCCCUGUCUACCUGGAGGUGGGUGGAGCCCCGACCGCGGGCGAGGACGUCGCGUACGGCGCGGAGGAGGGAGCGCUGUCGAGGCUGUUUGGUGACCUGAUGGCGCUGCCGGUGGUGUGUGUGGUGUCGUACGAGGAGGGCGUGUGCCCGCUUGUGCGGAGCCUUGCGCUUGCGUUCGCGGGGCACCACCGCGGCGGCGUGCGGGUGAGCGUGGAGCAGCACGGCGGCGCGACGCUGCGUGAGACGCGUGCGGCGCUUGGGCACGGCGUGGUGAGCGCGAUGCCCGCGCCUGCGUGCACGUACGGCGAGCGUGUGCGCGUGGGGCCCGCGACGGGUGGUGAGGACAUAUCGGACAUUGCGCGGCGUGCCCUGGACGCGAUGGGCGGCGGCGUGGAGCUGCCGGCGACGUGCGGCGGCGGCGGCGCUGGGCUGCGUGUGCGCGGGUUCGUGGUGGACGCGCGGACGCGUGGGGUGCCUGUGCGGAGCGCUGCUGCGCUGCGCGAUGCGCUCGCGGCGCCUGCGCAGACGCUGUCGCUGGAGGACUUCCGCGCCGUUGCUGUUGGGCCGUCGGAGCGCGACGUGGUGCUUGUGGUGUCGCGCGAGGACGCGGACGCGAAGGCGGUGCACUGGGUGAACGGCGCGUCUGAGAGUGACCUGCUCGUGACGUACCCGCUACCUGUGGAGGCGUACGAGGACAUGGGCGCGGAGGUGCGAUGGUAG